GCCUAACGGGACAAGUACCCGGGCCACUGGCGGAAGGGAGCUUAGGAGGGAUCAUAGGACAUCUCCGGAAGAGCUGCCAUGUCUGGGAAUACUGCAUCUUCGUCAGAACAGAACAACAGCUAUGAAACCAAAGCCUCCAAUCUUCGAAUGUCAGAGAAGAAAUGUUCGUGGGCAUCUUACAUGACCAACUCCCCAACUCUCAUCGUUAUGAUUGGCUUGCCAGCCCGGGGCAAAACCUAUGUGUCCAAGAAACUCACGCGCUACCUCAACUGGAUUGGGGUGCCCACCAAAGUGUUUAAUCUUGGGGUGUAUCGGCGUGAAGCAGUCAAGUCCUAUAAGUCCUACGACUUCUUCCGGCACGACAAUGAGGAGGCCAUGAAGAUCCGCAAACAGUGUGCUCUGGUGGCGCUGGAAGAUGUGAAGGCGUACCUUACCGAGGAGAGCGGGCAGAUCGCGGUGUUUGAUGCCACCAAUACGACUAGGGAGAGGAGGGACAUGAUUUUGAACUUUGCCAAGGAGAAUUCCUUCAAGGUAUUCUUUGUGGAAUCUGUCUGCGAUGAUCCUGAUGUCAUUGCUGCCAACAUCCUGGAGGUAAAGGUGUCGAGCCCUGACUACCCUGAAAGGAACAGGGAGAAUGUGAUGGAGGACUUCCUAAAGAGAAUUGAGUGCUACAAAGUCACCUAUCGACCCCUUGACCCAGACAACUAUGACAAGGAUCUUUCUUUCAUCAAGGUGAUAAAUGUGGGCCAGCGAUUUUUAGUGAACAGAGUCCAGGACUACAUCCAGAGCAAGAUAGUCUACUAUCUCAUGAAUAUCCACGUGCAGCCUCGCACCAUUUACCUUUGCCGGCACGGAGAGAGCGAAUUCAACCUCUUGGGGAGGAUUGGGGGUGACUCUGGCCUCUCGGUGCGGGGAAAACAGUUUGCCCAGGCUCUAAGGAAGUUUCUGGAGGAACAGGAGAUAGCAGACCUCAAAGUGUGGACGAGCCAGCUAAAGAGGACUAUCCAGACUGCUGAAUCCCUGGGUGUGACCUAUGAGCAGUGGAAGAUUCUGAAUGAGAUCGAUGCUGGCGUGUGUGAGGAGAUGACCUAUGCGCAGAUUGAGAAGCAGUACCCGGACGAGUUCGCGCUUCGAGAUCAAGAGAAAUACUUGUAUCGGUACCCUGGUGGGGAGUCGUACCAGGACCUGGUGCAGCGGCUGGAGCCCGUCAUCAUGGAGCUGGAGCGGCAGGGCAACGUCCUCGUGAUCUCCCACCAGGCUGUCAUGCGCUGCCUGCUGGCCUACUUCUUGGAUAAGGGUGCAGAUGAGCUACCAUACUUGAGGUGCCCCCUCCAUACCAUCUUCAAACUUACUCCUGUGGCCUACGGAUGUAAAGUGGAAACAAUUAAACUCAAUGUGGAGGCUGUGAACACUCACCGUGACAAGCCAACCAACAACUUCCCCAAGAACCAAACCCCUGUAAGGAUGAGAAGGAACAGCUUUACGCCUCUGUCCAGUUCGAAUACAAUAAGGCGUCCAAGAAAUUACAGUGUUGGGAGCCGGCCCCUCAAGCCCCUCAGCCCUCUCCGUGCCCUGGACAUGCAAGAAGGGGCCGACCAGCCGAAGACCCAAGUCAGCAUUCCGGUGGUGUAACCGUGU